GAUGGUGAUGUUCCUCUGGAGAUAGCUGCCCAGCAUGGGACAUACUGAGACAGUUCAGAGACUGUUGGAGGCAGGAGCCAACGUCAACCACCAGAACAAGGAAGGAAGCACAGCCUUGCUCUAUGCAGGAUGGAAAGGUCACUCAGAGGUGGUGAAACUACUGCUAGGAGCUGGGGCCAGAGACAUUCCUAAUAAGUUUGGAAACACUGCUCUGAGUAUGGCCAGAGCCAACAACCACAAUGAUGUGGUACAGUAUCUACUGCAACACCAGCCAAAGUGAAAAGUAGACACUCUAGCACUGUUACAAGAACAUAGGUAGUUUUUACACUUUUACAUAAGAAAAUACUUAGGCUGUUUAAAAAUAAAAUGCAAACCUCCCUCAAUUAUUUCAAUGAUCUCUUAUAAUAUC